CUUUUUUCUGCUCGACUGACAAAGAUUUUCCCAUUUUGAGCUUGAGGGAUAUGAAACCAAUAUUUUGUGGCAACCUAGAUUAUGAUGCUCACCAGUCAGAUGUUGAGCGACUUUUCAGAAGAUAUGGAAGAGUUGAUAGGGUGGAUAUAAAAUCUGGAUUACUUGGAAUGUCCAUGCUCGACGUGGAUGGAUGGGUUCUCUGCAUUUCAUUUCUUGGGUUGUGCCCAAGGUUCAUACCACUUGUGUUUUUCCAGAAGAACCAAUCUGAUCCACCAUGGCUCCAUCAUCCUACAUUUCCUUGUGACACUAUCCUUUUUCAUUCCUCAUGAGCUUUUCUCAGUCCCCAUUUUCCGACUUGUCUCAACAUAGAAAUCAUGAUCAUCUUGGAUCCAAUGGCAGGAUUUGCUUUCAUCUAUAUGGAAGAUGAGCGAGAUGCUGAGGAUGCAAUCCGAAGACUUGACAGGACAGAGUUUGGUAGAAAAGGUCGCAGACUUCGUGUUGAGUGGACUAAGCAAGAACGUGAUACCAGAAGCUCUGGCAGCUCAAGGUUGUCUUCAGCUAAUGCCAAACCCUCAAAAUCCUUAUUUGUCAUUAAUUUUGACCCAAUCAAUACUAGAACAAGGGACCUGGAGAGGCACUUUGAACCCUAUGGGGAAAUAUCAAGUGUAAGGAUCAGACGGAACUUUGCUUUCAUUCAGUAUGAAUCGCAGGAGGAUGCUGCCAGAGCAUUGGAUGCAACAAACAUGAGCAAGUUCAUGGACCGAGUUAUUUCAGUGGAAUAUGCAGUUCGAGGUGAUGAUGCAAGAAGAAAUGGGUCCAGCCCUGAUAGGAGAGGACGUGAGUGGUCUCCCAAGAGAAGUGGCUAUGGUCGUGGUCGCUCUCCCAGUCCAUAUCACCGAGAUAGGGAUAGUCCUGACUAUCGACGUGGAUCCAAUGUAGAUUAUAGACCUGCACCAAAAGGAAGCCCCGUUUAUGACCGAGGAGAAAGUCCCAUCAACGACAGAUAUCCCAGCAGCCAAUCGCCUCCAAGAGAAAGAUCUCGAUCUUGAAGAAAACAAGGAGAGUUUCUACUUCCAGUUCCAAUCCAGCCAAGCAGCUUAAUACUAAUAGUAGUAUCUGUUGUGUUUCUAUUUUCAUCUUUCUCUCUUCCCUGCCGCCUAUUCAGACAAACCAUGCUUACUUCCUUCUCAUAUCCAAUGCUGGCUGUGUAUUCCUUGCACUUGAAUUUCUGAUGGGAGGAUGAGUAUGUGUUCAACACCCUCUUUCUUGACUUAGGAAUGUUCAUAUUCUAGGGUCAGGAUGUUCAACACUUCUGUUAGAUACUGUAAUUUUGAUUUGGAUAUGUAGUUUUGUUGUUUGACCCUCAUAUGCAGUUUCCUUCCUUCCAGCAACGAUGAUGGUGGGUGUUGGUAGUUGA